UCUCUGACCACAGGGCCUAGCUGAAAUGUUGUUUAUGGUGUGUGUGUGAGGGACACUCUGGAUGCGGUUAUCACGGGCAGCUGAUCGUUACGCUCAGCCAUUUGUUGAACGUCGACUACGGAUGCUCGGCUAUGUGUUGUUGUCGAUUUGACGUGGGGAGGCUAGACGGAGGCAAGUCCAUGACACCAUGAGUCCUCCAGCUCUGCCUGUGGUCUUCUGCUGUUGUCACAGGAAAAUCUGGUUACAUUCAGCAGCAGGAGGUGAACCCAUCUCUAUUUUCAACCCAAUUAUUAUCUGCCCCCGGAUGAUGCUAUGGAAGGACAAGCAUAAUGAAUAGAUACACUACCAUCAGACAGCUCGGGGAUGGCACCUACGGCUCAGUCAUCCUUGGCCGCAGUCUGGAGUCAGGAGAACUUGUUGCCAUAAAGAAAAUGAAAAGAAAAUUUUACUCCUGGGAAGAAUGCAUGAACCUCCGUGAAGUCAAGUCCUUAAAGAAGCUCAAUCAUGCAAAUGUGAUCAAACUUAAGGAGGUAAUUCGAGAAAAUGACCACUUGUACUUUAUAUUUGAGUACAUGAAGGAGAAUUUAUAUCAGCUAAUGAAAGACAGGACUCGGCUGUUUCCUGAAUCUGCUGUAAGAAAUAUUAUGUUUCAGAUACUGCAGGGGCUCGCGUUCAUUCAUAAACACGGGUUUUUUCACAGGGACAUGAAACCCGAGAAUCUUCUGUGCAUGGGCCCAGAGCUGGUGAAAAUAGCUGACUUUGGUCUUGCCCGUGAGAUCAGAUCUCGACCACCAUACACAGACUACGUCUCGACGAGAUGGUACAGAGCGCCAGAGGUGCUCCUCAGAUCCACAUCCUACAGUUCACCCAUAGACCAGUGGGCAGUUGGCUGCAUCAUGGCAGAGCUUUAUACCCUCAGGCCUCUUUUCCCUGGCUCCAGUGAAGUAGACACCAUAUUCAAGAUUUGCCAAGUUUUGGGUACACCAAAGAAGAAUGAUUGGCCUGAGGGAUACCAGCUGGCAAAUGCGAUGAACUUCCGCUGGCCUCAGUGUGUUCCCAGCAAUCUGAAGACACUGAUCCCAAAUGCCAGUCCUGAAGCCAUCCAUCUGAUGACAGACCUGCUUCAGUGGGAUCCCAAGAAGAGACCAGCAUCUGCCCAGGCUCUCAGGUACUCUUACUUCCACGUGGGCCAAGCUUUGGGCACUCCGCAGCAGAUCCUGGAGCAGGGCAGACCUCAGCCGGGUCUUGUGCCACUUCAGGCUCCGCUGCAGUCACUACAGACGCUGCAGCAGAAACCCCUGCUGCUUAAGCCCGUGCCCCCCUCCCAGCCUCCGCCUCCCAACCAACACUGCUCCCCCUCCAGGCCUCUCCAGCAGAUCCAGCCCUCCCCCAUACCCGCUGCUGCCCAGGCGGCAGUGUACCAACGGCACACAGAGCUGCUGCGAGAGCAGCAGCCAAAGCACAUCCUGAAGCAGGAACAGACCGAAGGAACAGCACAGAGCCAUCUUCCUUACAUUGUUGACAAGAACCUCCAGAGCAAGCAAACGAGACAGGAGCUGGAAAAUGCAAACCUACUGAGCUAUCAGUUGAAACCUAAAGGUGGGCGGCGGCGUUGGGGCCACGGCACAGGGCACCUCAAGGGUGAAGACUGGGAUGAGUACGAAGAAACCGAUCUGACAUCCAUAAGUAUCCUCGGAAAAAGCAACUUCCCCACCGAGAAGUCGAGGCACGGGGAGGACGCGCUGAGCAGAUAUGGAAAUGUCCUGGAUUUCAGUCGACCCAGUGGAAAGGAAGAUGCACCUUUAAACCUGAACAAGGCUACAGCCUAUCAGGAGCCAUCAAGAACUGCCUCUGCUAAACAGCAUUACUUGAGGCAGUCAAGAUAUUUACCUGGCAUUACUACAAAGAAGAACGUGGCCAUAAAUGCCAGCAAAGACUUCAGCGGAAGCCAUCUUUGGGGCAACAGUGGUAUUCCAUUUGGAGGGACCCUACCGAGCAGGGGCGCUCAUGGUACAAAUACGAUCCCAGGUGGAUACAUGCCAUCGUUUUAUAAAAAAGACACUGGUUCUGCUGGUCACAGAGGGCAUCAGGUUUCUUCAGUGGAAUCAACAGCAUCAAAUUAUGCAACAUGGCGGUCUGGCCGGAGUCAGAUGAACACCUCCACCAACAUGCCGUUGGCCAACAAGAGCACCCCCACUCUGCUGCCUCGCCCGCCGGCACAGACCAUCCACGGGCGAACAGACUGGUCUGCCAAAUACGGACACCGCUAGUGGCCUCCCUGGAGCUCUGAUCUGUGCCCCAGGAGGGAGAUCUGCGCUCCUAAGAACUCUUUCACCUCCAAAGAGUAGGCCUAGUUGUUUUAUAAUCAAAAUGUGUACAUACAUCUUACACAGCAAUAAAUUUUGUUUGAUUAUGUGUACUAUGGAUGUUGUGAGUUGUAAAAUAUCUUAAGUGUACGUGUACAUCUAAAUGCAACCGGCCAAAAGUUUGAGCCCAGAUUUGCUCCUCAUUGUUUUAUUUUGUAUUUCUGUAAAUUAACUACUGUCCUACAGAGGUUACGCCUGUACCCUCAGUUUUGUAUCAGAUUUAUCAUUGAAUGCUGUUCAGCAAACCUGUAUACAUAAUAUGCAUAUUAUAACUUUAUGAAAACUUCACUGUGACUUGCUUUGGCUAACUAAUUACUUUGCCUCUGUACAGUACAGUCAUUUGUUUUUUUUGUUUUGUUUUUUUUUACAUUCCUGCUGUUAUUGUUUUAUAAUGGUCACCUUGUCAGUCAGGUAACUAUUAUUUGUGCAUUAUGUUCUUAAUGAAAUUGGAGGCAAUGCUGUACUUUCAGUAAAAUGAAUACAGUGCAAGUGGUUGCCACAUCGUAUGAAUCCAAGUUAACAUGUUCUAACCCCUUGGCCAAACUGAGUGUGAUUAUUGACUCGCCAGUAAUUGAGCAUAAAUAAACUUUU